AUGGCGCGUCUCAUCGCAGCAACAUUACUAUUGCACCUAGUGACAGCCCAACAAAUUGGCAAGAUCCCAGAAAUCCACCCAAAGCUCCGAACAUGGAAAUGCACCACACAUACCGGCUGCGUACCACACGACACUUCCAUCGUCAUCGACGUGCUCUCGCACCCCAUACACGAAGUAGGUAACAGCAGCGUGUCCUGCGGGAACUGGGACACGGGGUUAAACCCCACGCUAUGCGCAACAGAGGAGUCCUGCGCGGAGAACUGCGUUCUCGAAGGCACGAACUACGCCUCGCAUGGAGUGCAGACGAGAGGCGAUAGUCUUCUUAUGCACCAGUACCUGACAGUCAACGGGACGACAUCGGUGGUGACGCCGCGUGUGUAUCUUCUCGAUGAAAGCGGGAAGAACUAUGAUAUGCUCCGGAUGCUGAAUCAGGAGAUAAGCUUUGAUGUGGAUGUUUCAUCGCUUGUGUGCGGUAUGAACGGUGCGCUUUAUCUAGCUGAGAUGGAGAAGUCAGGUGGACGGGGUGUUCUUAAUCCUGCCGGUGCGCAAUAUGGUACUGGGUACUGUGAUGCGCAGUGCUCGGUUGAUCCAUGGAUUAAUGGCGUUGCGAAUGUUGAUGGAGCUGGUGCUUGUUGUAACGAGAUGGAUCUUUGGGAAGCUAAUGCGCUUUCUACGGCAUUGACACCGCAUGCGUGCAAUAUUAGCGGGGUUUAUUCUUGUGAAGGGGAUCUGUGUGGGAGUGAUGGUGUUUGCGAUAAGUCUGGUUGCGGGUUCAACCCUUAUGCACUUGGGGAUCAUGAUUACUAUGGGUAUAAGGAGGUGGUGGAUACGUCGAAGCGGUUUACGGUUGUGACGCAGUUUGUGACGGAUGAUCAUACUGCAUCGGGGUCUUUGAUUGAGAUCCGACGGUUUUACGUUCAGGACAACAAGGUUAUUCAGAAUGCUGUUGUUAAUGUAAGUGGGACGGAGGUUGACUCUUUGACGAACGAGUAUUGUGAGUCGUCGAGCUACUUCACCGAGAUGGGUGGGCUCAAGCAGAUUGGCAAAGCACUUGGACGUGGAAUGGUUUUGGUUUUUGCGAUCUGGAAUGAUUCGGGGGCCUACAUGAACUGGCUGGAUAGCGAGGGUUCCGGUCCUUGCAAUAGUACCGAGGGAAAUCCAGCUCUCAUUGAGGCGGAACAUCCUGGGACCUCGGUGACGUUUUCCAAUAUCAGAUGGGGAGAUAUUGGAUCGACUUAUAGCCACGGCAAAUGA